GAUAUUGGGGAGUCUGAUGGCUGGAGUCUGACUUCCCUCCACUUAGCAGCUGCAGAGGGACACCUAGGUACCGCUCGUCUGCUCCUCGAACGAGGUGCCCACGUCUCUGCGCGAGCUAAGGCAGAGAGCACACCGCUAACAACAGCAGCCAGUCGCGGUCGAGAGGAUGUCGUCCGUCUGCUUCUUGACAAGGGCGCCCAGGUUGAGGAGUGUGAAGAGAUGGGCUGGACU